AUGAUUUUUCAUGUUACCGAAACAUGACUUUGUCAUGUUCUCAAACAUGAUUGUCAUGUUCUCAAACAUGAUUGUCAUGUUUAACAACAUGGCAAAUCAUGUUGCUGCAACAUGAUUUUUUUCUCAUGCUAUCGCAACGCGAUUGUCAUGCUUCCGAAACAUAGUUGUCAUAUUGUCAAACAUGAUUGUCAAGUUGUCAAACAUGAUUGUUAUGUUUGACAACAUGAAAAAUCAUGUUGCUGCAACAUAAUUUUUGCCAUGCUACCGCAACACGAUUGUCAUGCUACCGCAGCAUGAUUGGCAUGUUGCCGAAACAUGACAAAUCAUCUUGCUUAAACAUGACUAACCAUGUUGCCGAAACAUGACGAACCAUGUUGCCGAAAUAUGACAAAUCAUAUUGUCGAAACAUGACAAAUCAUGUUGCUGCAACAUAAUUUUUGCCAUGCUACCGCAACACGAUUGUCAUGCUACCGCAGCAUGAUUGGCAUGUUGCCGAAACAUGACAAAUCAUCUUGCUUAAACAUGACUAACCAUGUUGCCGAAACAUGACGAACCAUGUUGCCGAAAUAUGACAAAUCAUAUUGUCGAACCAUGACAAAUCAUGUUGCUGCAACAUGAUUUUCGCAUACUACCGCAACAUGAUUUCAUCAUGUUUAUUUAUCAAGACAUUGCAUCAUGUUGCAUUUACUAUUUAUUUGUUGCGUUUACUAAAAAAAACAAUUAUAACUCCUGAAAUAUUGAUUUUAGGAAAAAUUAAUAAGAAUAAAAAAUUUUAGCUUAGUAAAUAUUCUUAUACUAUGAGAUUAUUUUCAAUAUUUUAGGAAAUAUAGGAACUUAAGUAGUGUUGACUUAACUAGUAAUUAGAAAAAUAGUCAUAAUUCCUGAAAUAUAAUCUAUAACUCAAUUAUUAUAUUUACUAUUAGAGAUUAGAGGCCUAAAAUACAUAAAAAAAUCUAAUAGUAACACACCCAGCAUUUAUUCAGCUUUACCUUGAUACACCUAACCCGGAGUCAAGUGAUAUAAAGCCAGCGCAUUUAAUCUGCGGUCCAUUAGUUGACAAACCUGUCGACACAUUCCAUCCUACUGUUUUUUUUUUUGUAAAACCACAAAGUGUUCUUUAAACUCGGAUCACAUUUUUCAUCAUAAAAUUCAAUCAAUCAAAAAUGAAUUUAUACAGUGUUUUCUUUUUUUGCGGAAUUUUCUCUAUCACCUAUGCUUGUUUUGGAAAAAGCAUUCUGAAAGCGGGAGCUGUUUCGUGUCAAGAUAAGCAGACGAUAUUGGAUGAGCAUAAUCGAUUACGGCAGUUAAUAGCAUUAGGGCAAGUGCAUGGCCAGCCGUCUGCGACAAAUAUGAUGGAAAUGAUCUGGGAUGACGAGCUCGCUUCUAUUGCGCAAAAAUGGGCCGAAACUUGCCCGGAGUCUCACGAUGCCAAUCGCCACGUUCGAAGAUUUGCAGUGGGACAAAAUAUUGCCCGAACUUGGACCACAAGGCCCCCGGGGCCUUUUGACGCAGAGCCGAAUUGGCGGAGACAAAUUUUAGGGUGGUUUAAUGAAGUUCAAUUUUUUCAAACGGGAAUACCAAGAUCUUCGGGGCACUUUACACAAAUUGUUUGGAGCGACACUUUUUUAAUCGGCUGCGGAUAUUCUUUCUACUACGAUCCCUCUAAAGGCUACACUAAAAACUACGUCUGCAAUUAUGGACCGAGCGGAAACGUUCUUGGCUACCCGCCAUAUCAAUCUGGGCAGCCCUCCUGCGGCAACUACGGGUUAUCUUACUCCAACAGAUACGCCGGACUAUGUUCUCGCGGGAACUAUUAUAAUCUCGGCGCGCUCUGCGGAUACGGCUAUUGAAUUGUUAUUGUUAUUACUUUGAUAAUUAUCAGAUUUACAAGUAUAUAUAUGUUUCUUCAUAUGUUUCUUAAAAAAAAUUUUUUUUUUUAAAUAUAUCUCCUAAAAUAUUGAAAAUAAAGAUGAAGUACUAAGACGUUUUUUUUAGGAAAUUUUUUAAGCUACAAUUUUCCUCUCAUAUAAUUUUCUCCUAAAAUCGAUAUUUUAGGAGAUAUAACCACUUUUAUAACUCCUAAAUGAUGAUUUUUUAUUUUUUAGGAAUUCAACACUUUAAGUGACUAUAUCUCCUAAAAUAUUGAAGAUAGACCUCAAGUUAAGGAGUGAUUUAGUUAGGAAAUUUCCUGAGCUACAAAUUUAGAUUCCUAUGAUUUUUUCCUAAAAUCAAUAUUUUAGGAUUUAUGGAUAUUUUUUUAGUAACUAGAUCAUGAAUUUUUAGUUUUUGUUAUCUAGUCACUCCUAAAGUUCCUAUAACUUCUAAAAUAUUGAAAAUAGGC